AUGGUGCAUUUAUCACUUGCUCGAUAUGCCUCAAUUGGUUUUCUUGGUUUGGGAAAUAUGGGUAAACAUAUGGCAACAAAUUUAAUUGCAGCUAAUCAUCAAGUAACAAUUUUUGAUGUUAAUUCACAAGCACUUGAUCAUUUUAAAGAUCAAAAACAAGCUAAAACUGUAACUGUCCCACAAAAUGCAGUUAAAGAUUCUGAAUUUGUUGUUUUAAUGUUACCGAAUGGUAAAAUUGUUCGUGAUGUAUGUCAAUCAAAUGUUUUUCCAACGGCUAAAAAAGGUACAUGCAUCAUUGAUUGUAGUACAAUCGAUGUACGAACAUCGAAAGAAAUGGCAGAAAUGGCUCGAACUAAAAACUUACGUUAUAUUGAUGCACCAGUUUCGGGUGGUGUAACCGGUGCUCAAAAAGGUACAUUAACAUUUAUGGUUGGUGGUCAACCAGAUGAUUUCAAAUCUGCAGAACCAAUUCUUAGUAAAAUGGGCAAAAAUAUUGUUCAUGCUGGUCCAAGUGGUAGUGGUUUAGCAGCUAAAAUUUGUAAUAAUCUCCUCUUAGCUAUUAGUAUGAUUGGUACUUCGGAAGCAAUGAAUCUCGGUUUAAAACUCGGUCUUGAUAAAGAAGUAUUAGCAAAAUUGAUCAAUUCUUCUACUGGUCAAUGUUGGUCAAGUCAAUCAUAUAAUCCAUGUCCCGGUAUUGUUGCAAAUGUACCAUCAAGUAAUGAUUAUAAUGGUGGUUUUGCUUGUGAAAUGAUGACUAAAGAUCUCCUACUUGCUCUUGAUGCAGCAAAAGAAGCUAAAGCUUCAACUCCAUUAACUGAAAAAGCUACUGAACUCUAUCGUGAAAUUUGUUCAAAUGGAUUGAAUAAACGAGAUUUUAGUGUUAUUUUUAAAUAUCUUAAUGAACAGUAA